UAAAAAAAAUAAAGAAGAAAAAAUAAAACAAAAAUGCAAAGACACGCGCGCGCAGACUAAUACUCUCCCGCUAACCUUUCUAUUAGAAUUUCCGAUUACGCAAUUGUUGGCACAGCGACAACACACAAACCCGACCGGAUUUCGUCGUCUCACUUCAUUCACCGGAUUUCACUUUUUUCUCAAUUGUGAUGAUUGCACAACCAACCAGUGAAACGACGCCGUCAGAUCUGUGAAUGCAUCUACCUCUGGCAUUCUCCGAUCCCGAGAAAGUCCCCCAACAAUGUCGGCCUCGCAAACCCUAGGCGGGCCUUCCCGGUGCGGCCGGGUCCUCGGCCCCUCCCUCGACAAGAUCAUCAAGAACGCCGCAUGGCGUAAGCAUUCCAAUCUCGUCUCCACCUGCAAAUCGGUCCUCGACAAGCUCGACUCCAUCUCCAAUUCUUCUUCCUCCGAUCUCAGCUCGCCUCUCUUCGGGCUCUCCCUCUCCGAUGCGGAGCUCGUUCUCCAGCCGCUGUUUCUCGCCCUAGACUCUGGCUACGCCAAGGUCGCGGAGCCGGCUCUGGAAUGCGCCUUUAAACUCUUCUCCCUCGGCCUCGUCCGCGGCGAGAUCGACAGCGCCGAUCCCCAGAGCGUCGCGUUCAGGAUUGUCGACGCCGUCUGCAAGUCCUGUGGGCUCGGCGAGGAGGCGAUCGAGCUUGCCGUCCUCCGCGCGCUGCUCUCCGCCGUUAGAUCGCCGUCCGUGCUGAUCCGCGGCGAUUGUUUGGUGAACAUGGUGAGGACUUGCUACAACGUCUAUCUCGGUGGACUCAGCGGUACCAAUCAGAUCUGCGCGAAGUCGGUUCUCGCGCAGAUUAUGGUCAUUGUUUUCACCAGGGUCGAGGAGGACUCCAUGGGCGUUGCUAUUAAGAGGGUUUCGGUCAACGAAUUGCUUGAAUUGACGGAUAAGAGCUUGAACGAAGGGAGUUCUAUCCAAUUCUGCCAGAAUUUCAUCAAUGAGGUUAUGGAUGCGAGUGAAGGGGCUCCGGCUGUCAACCAUUCGCAAAAAUUGCAGAACGGCGACGCUUCCGAGUCCAAACCGGAUGGAAAAGAGGGCGAAUCCGGGGACGGAGAAGCAAUUGAGGGAGCUGAAUCAGGUGGAGGUGGUAGUAAGAUUAGGGAGGACGGGUAUCUGCUCUUCAAGAACUUGUGUAAGUUGUCCAUGAAAUUCUCAUCACCGGACAACCCGGACGAUCAGAUUCUCUUGAGGGGGAAAAUCUUGUCCUUGGAGCUGCUUAAGGUGGUCAUGGACAAUGGGGGACCUAUGUGGCGAUCCAAUGAUAGGUUCCUAAACGCUAUCAAGCAGUUGUUGUGUUUAUCAUUAUUAAAGAACAGUGCAUUGUCAGUAAUGGCUAUUUUCCAGCUUCAGUGUUCUAUCUUCAUAAACUUCUUAUCAAAAUUCAGAUCGGGGUUAAAAGCAGAAAUUGGUAUUUUCUUCCCAAUGCUUGUCCUCCGGGUGCUUGAGAAUGUUCUUCAGCCUAGUUUCCUGCAGAAAAUGACCGUCCUCAACUUACUGGAGAAAAUAUCUCAGGAUUCACAGAUUAUGAUCGACAUUUUUGUCAACUAUGACUGCGACGUCGAUUCUCCAAACAUCUUUGAAAGGAUCGUCAAUGGCCUUUUGAAAACUGCUCUAGGACCCCCAUCUGGUUCGACCACAACCUUGUCUCCUGCGCAGGAUAUUACCUUUCGACAUGAAUCAGUUAAGUGCUUGGUAUCUAUUGUUAAAUCAAUGGGAGCUUGGAUGGACCAACAAUUGAGACUAGGAGACUCAUAUCUGCCAAGGAGCUACGAGACUGAGGCUUCAGUAGAGAAUCAUUUGACGCAAAAUGGUGAAGAAGGAACUGUUACUGAUUAUGAAUUACAUCCAGAAGCAAAUUCUGAGGUUUCGGAUGCUACUACCCUUGAGCAGCGUCGAGCUUAUAAAAUCGAAAUGCAGAAAGGUAUCUCGUUAUUUAAUAGGAAACCUUCAAAGGGCAUUGAGUUUCUGAUAAGCGUAAAAAAAAUUGGUGGUUCUGCAGAAGAUGUGGCCGUGUUCCUGAAAAACACUAAUGGCUUGAAUGAGUCAAUGAUUGGUGACUAUUUGGGUGAUAGGGAGGAAUUUCCUCUAAAAGUCAUGCAUGCUUAUGUGGAUUCCUUUAAUUUUAAAGGGAUGGAUUUUGGUGAAGCAAUAAGGCUUUUCCUGCGAGGCUUCAGGUUGCCCGGAGAGGCACAAAAGAUUGACCGCAUCAUGGAGAAGUUUGCUGAGCGCUAUUGCAAAUGCAAUCCAAAUUCCUUCACCAGUGCGGAUACAGCUUAUGUUCUUGCUUACUCUGUAAUUUUGCUCAACACAGAUGCCCAUAAUAACAUGGUGAAAGACAAGAUGACAAAGGCUGACUUUAUUCGAAACAACCGAGGAAUUGAUGAUGGCAAGGACUUACCUGAAGAGUAUCUUGGUUCUCUUUACAAUCAAAUUGUUAAAAAUGAAAUUAAGAUGAAGUCGGACUCUUCUGAACCACCAAGCAAGCAGGCAAAUAGCUUUAAUAAAUUACUGGGCUUGGAUGGUAUCCUCAAUCUAGUAACUUGGAAGCAGACUGAAGAAAAGGCAUUGGGUGCAAAUGGGCUUCUUAUAAAGCACAUCCAGGAGCAAUUCAAAGCAAAGUCAGGAAAAUCAGAGUCUGUAUAUCAUGCUGUUACAGAUGUUGCUAUAUUAAGGUUUAUGGCGGAGGUUUGCUGGGGUCCUAUGCUGGCUGCAUUCAGUGUCACUCUCGACCAAAGUGAUGAUAGACUUGCCACUUCUCACUGCUUGUUGGGAUUUCGAUAUGCUGUUCAUGUUACUGCAGUAAUGGGUAUGCAGACGCAGCGAGAUGCUUUUGUCACAUCAAUGGCCAAGUUUACUUAUCUCCAUUGUGCGGCAGAUAUGAAGCAAAAAAAUGUUGAUGCUGUGAAGGCAAUAAUCUCAAUUGCCAUUGAAGAUGGUAAUUUUCUUCAGGAAGCAUGGGAGCACAUUCUAACAUGUCUUUCCCGAAUUGAACAUCUGCAACUGCUGGGAGAGGGCGCGCCAACUGAUGCAUCCAUUUUGACAGGAACGAAUGUGGAAACAGAGGAAAAAAUAUCAAAAUCAAUGGGUUUUCCUGCUCUAAAGAAGAAAGGGACUCUCCAGAACCCAGCUAUGGUGGCUGUGGUUCGUGGGGGAUCAUAUGAUAGCACCAGUACUGGAGGCAAUACUCCUGGAUUGGUAACACCAGAGCAGAUCAAUAAUUUUAUCUCAAACUUGAAUCUGCUGGAUCAAAUUGGCAACUUUGAGUUGAAUCACGUUUUUGCCCAUAGCCAAAGGUUGAAUAGUGAAGCAAUAGUGGCUUUUGUUAAAGCUUUAUGCAAAGUGGCAAUUUCAGAAUUGCAGUCUCCAACAGAUCCUCGUGUAUUUAGUCUUACAAAAAUAGUUGAAAUAGCGCAUUAUAAUAUGAACCGCAUCAGAUUAGUCUGGUCUCGCAUAUGGAAUGUUCUCUCUGACUUCUUUGUUUCAGUUGGGUUGUCAGAAAAUCUCUCAGUUGCAAUAUUUGUGAUGGAUUCAUUGCGUCAGCUGGCCAUGAAAUUCUUGGAACGUGAGGAGCUGGCAAAUUACAACUUCCAGAAUGAAUUUCUGAGACCAUUUGUGAUUGUUAUGCAAAAAAGCAGCUCUGGGGAGAUCAGGGAGUUGAUAAUUCGUUGCAUUUCACAAAUGGUCCUUAGUCGAGUCAGUAAUGUGAAAUCUGGCUGGAAAAGUGUUUUUAUGAUUUUCACAGCCGCUGCUGCUGAUGAGCGAAAAAAUAUUGUUUUAUUGGCCUUUGAAACGAUGGAGAAAAUAGUACGAGAAUAUUUCCCAUAUAUAACUGAGACAGAGAUAUUGACUUUUACCGAUUGCGUUAAAUGUCUCAUAACCUUCACAACCAGCAGAUUUAACAGUGAUGUUAGCCUCAAUGCUAUUGCAUUUCUCCGGUUCUGCGCAGUCAAACUUGCAGAAGGGGGACUUGUUAGCAACAAUAAGAGUGUGGUCGAUGAUUCCAUUCCAGAAGUAAACAAGGCUGUUGACACUUCCAGUGAUAAAGAUGAUAGCAUGUCCUUUUGGGUUCCUUUGCUGACAGGUUUGUCAAAGCUCGCAUCUGAUCCUAGAUCAGCUAUCAGGAAGAGUUCUUUGGAAGUUCUUUUCAACAUUUUAAAGGAUCACGGCCAUCUCUUCUCAUGCCAAUUUUGGAGUGAUGUUUUCACUUCUGUUGUUUUUCCCAUAUUCGAUUCUGUAUCUGACAAGAGAGAUACAAGGAGAGAUGGCCAAAAUUCACCCACUUCGAGAUCGUCAAAUGCAGAAGGCAGUGCAUGGGAUUCUGAAACUUUUGCAGUUGCAGCUGAAUGUCUUAUAGAUCUGAUUGUCAGUUUCUUUGAUGUACUGAGGUCUCAACUGCCUGGUGUUGUGUCCAUACUUACAGGCUUCAUAAGAAGUCCUGUUCAGGGUCUGGCUAGCACUGGGUAUGCUGCAUUGGUUCGUUUAGUUGAUGAUUUAGGCAGCAGGCUUUCAGAAAAUGAAUGGAGGCAGAUUUUUCUAGCUUUGAAGGAGGCAACCACGUCUGCAACGCCUGGAGUUAGGAAGGUCUUGAAAAGUAUGGAUAACAUCGAUGUGCCAGGCAUUUCACAAUCAUAUAAUGACAUGGACAUGUCUGACCAUGAGUUGACAAAUGAUGAUUUUGAGGAUGAUAAUCUGCAAACGGCAGCAUAUAUAGUUUCAAGAUUGAAGAGUCAUAUUUCUAUGCAGCUUCUCAUUAUACAGGUCACUACUGAUUUGCUAAAAAUGCACCUACAAUCCCUAUCAGUGGCGAACACGUCUAUCAUUCUGGAAUUAUUUUCCUCUAUUGCCUCACAUGCGCAUGAAUUGAAUUCUGAGACAUUGUUGCAAAAGAAACUGCAGAAAGCUUGCUCUAUACUGGGGCUCACCCCACCACCCAUGGUUCAUUUCGAGAAUGAAUCACAUCAGAACUACCUCAACUUCCUCCAAAACAUACUUGCCAAUAAUCCCUCGCUGUGCAAGGAGAUCAAUGUUGAAGCAGAACUCAUCACAGCUUGCAUAAAAAUAUUGCAAAUUUACGUUAGUUGCACUGGGUCCAUUUCUGCACAGCAGAGACUAGUUGAUCAACCGGUUCCUCACUGGAUUCUUCCUCUGGGUUCAGCAAAGAAGGAAGAAUUGGCAACCAGGACUUCUUUGGUUGUCUCUGCAUUGCGGGUAUUGAGUGGUUUAGAAAAUGAUUCAUUUAAGAGGUACGUCUCCCAAAUCUUUCCUUUAUUGGUAGAUCUCGUGCGCAGUGAACACAGUUCCGGGGAAGUUCAGCGUGUUCUAAGCUACUUGUUCCAAUCUUGUAUAGGCCCUAUAGUUAUGGAAUGAUUCUAUUAUUUUGUGAUAUACACAGUUGCCAUCAUCAUUAGGUAUCUCUGUUUUCUGAUCUUUUCUUCACCAGCUGGGCUGGUCCACGAGCCUGAAGCUCAAAGUGAUAGUUUUAUUUUUGUUGAAUAUACCAAGUUCAUUCUGGAUUUUGUAACAUUUUAAAGAAAUGUAUGAGCCAAUUUUCUAA